AUGAGGUAUGCAACCGAAGGCCCAUUCUGUCCUGUUGCAUCUUUUGAGAAAUAUCUACAGCAUUUAAACCCACAGAAUGAAUUCUUGUUUCAACGUCCAAAGAAGAAUACAACGGCAGAUUCUGAUGUUUGGUAUGACAACAUGGUCGUCGGCGAAAGAUACCUAGGCGACAUGAUGAAAAACAUAUCCAAACAGGCAGGUUUAUCACAGCAGUACACAAACCAUUCGAUACGGGCGACAGCGGUCACAAUCUUAGAUAAAUCAGGUUUUCAGGCUCGCCACAUCAUGUCUGUUAGUGGCCACCGUUCCGAGAGUUCCAUCCGAAGUUAUAGCAAGACGGACGAAGCUACAAAGAAGCGAAUCUCAGAAACCUUGACAUCUGCAACUGCAGGUACCAGCGGCAGCGACUUUCCAGCUAUGAUAUAUGACCCGCAACAGAUAACGGAACCAGCAUUGGCAGCAACAA